AUGUCGGCCACGCCGCCUGCAGCGGCUCAGGACGCACUGCCGCCCGCGUACCGAGAUCCGAAAGCCUAUAUGAACGACCCGCGCUUCCACCGCACGAUCUCCUACCGUCCCUCGUACUCCUCGAGCAGUCCGCCCCACACCAUCUCCUUCGCCUUCGCAGGGUCCUCCAGUCCCGAUGCGCCGACGGUAGUGUGGCUGAACGGAAUGGGAGGACACCGGUUGGCCGCCGUUCUGCUCGAUGGGUUGUUCGCCGCGAAGGGUGUUCGCCUCGUUGCCCUCGACCGACCGUCUGGCGGCAAGAGCACGCCCGUUCCGCUCGCCAACCGAGUGCAAGCAUCGCACGAAGCCCUUCUCGCCAUUCUCGCCGAACUCGAGAUCAAGCGGUUCUCGAUCCUCUCGCACUCGAACGGCCUUAUCUAUACCCUCUUCACGCUGCUCAACCUCCCUUCCGACUUGGUCGUCCUCUCAUGGACCAUCUCCUCCCCAUACGUCCCGCCCUGGCUCUCCGGUUCGCAACUCCUCUCCCUCGCACGAUGGGUUCCCGCACCGCUUACGUCUCGCCUCGGAACUCUCGUCGGUGGCUUGCAGAAGGUCGCAGAGCCCGUCAUGCGAAGCGCGGGGUGGAGCAGCGGCGUCGUCAAGGACUGGGGCAGCGCCUUUGUCAGCAUGGGCACGUCGGUACCAAGCGAACCCGCUACGGCGGCACCAGCGACGAACGAAACGGGCGAGGUCGAUGAGUCGCAGAUCCAGCCUGAGCUGCUACCGCCGCCAAGACAGCUCGCGCGGUUCCGACGACUGAACGCGCGGAGACCGCCGCAUAAGAAGCUGUUUGGCGGCGAGUUCAUCCCACCUGGAAUGUUCAACGAGGGGAUGAAGAUGGCGAUUGCGGAGGGUCUGGACGCGAUGGGUCUCGAGGCGAUGAUCUGCUUGCGACAAGGCGACGGCACAAGAUGGGGGUGGGGCGAACCCAAAGAGGGCACAAGCGAGGCGAGGGAGGAAGCCGAGGCAAAGUUGUACGAGCGGGGUUUUGCGGCGCUCAAGGCGCACCUCGCCGAGAGUAGCAUGCAGGUGGAGAUGAGCGUCUGGUACGGCGAGGAUGAUGCGCUGGUGCCGGCCAAGGGGAGGGCGUACUUGCGCGAGUUGCUGGUGGACUCGCUCGGAAUGAUGGAGGCGGAUCGGUGGAGGGAGAUUGAGGAUGCUGGUCAUGACGAUACGCUAGGGCUCAGCUGCGUGAUGGAGCAGCUGUUAGACAACGUUAUACGCGUACAUCAGCGGAUGUGA